AUGUUCAACACCACUCUGAAUCCCACGACAAACCACUACAUGAACUCUACCACACUCGCUGGCUCCCGUGGACCUCCACCAUGGUACCAGUUCCCUGUAUGCGCUGUGGCUCCUUACGGCUUCAUUUUCUAUUUUGGGGUUAAGGUGUUCAACCUGGCAGUCGGCACACCCUGUAAUGUCCUGGUAAUCUGGCACAUAGCCACCAAGAAAAGUGAUGCAUCCACCUCUGACAUCUUCAUCUUCAACCUGGCUAUUUUGGAUGCCUAUUUCUGCCUAAUGACGCCCAUAGAGAUGGUCAACCGGCUUCUACUGGAUGACAGUCGCAUUUGGUACUCUCAGAGGUUUGCAUAUGGGAUUAAAGAUGUAGCCCCACUCUUUCUGGUAUGUAUCUGCAUAGACCGCUACAUGGCAGUGGUGCAUCCAGUAGUGUUCACUGGUAUUCGAGACAAUAAGAUCCGCAUUGGCAUUUCUGUGGUGGUCUGGGGCCUCAUCCUGGCUUAUGGCCUCACCAAGUGCUUCCUGGGAGUCAUGAGUGUCAACGAGGUCUUCAGCGGUGUCAUCCUCUUUGCCUUUGCAGUCAUGGUCUUCUGCAACAUCUCUGUCAUCUGGGUCCUUAGACGAUCUGUGGCAGGAAAGGAGGAGAUGCACCCAGUAAAGAAGAAAGCCUUCAAGAUGGUGCUGAUCAUCAUGGCCAUCAUCGUGGCCAACUACUUGCCGCCCGUGGCUCUCAUGCCCUUUGUGUCGUACUACACUUUUGUGGCGUUCCGCUGCCAGAUCAGCAUCAGUGUGUUCUCCAUCAUGGACCUGAGCUGCAGCAUUGAGCCACUCGUCUACAUCACAAAAACAGAGUUUGCGGACGGCAAGUGCUGUACAUGUUUCUCCAAGAAGCUGGAUGAUGUCAAUGUGUAA